AAAGCAGCAAACUGAAAUGAUCAUCCCCACCCACCCUCCACCCUUCCCACCACCACUUCCUCCUCUUUUUUCCCUUCUCAAAUAAAUUUUCUAAAUUUCCGUUUUUCGAAUUAUCCGCCCCAUGAAGUAAGUAAGAAAUUUGCUUUUAUCUGUCUGAACCACCAGAAGAGGACAAGCGCUAAACGCCUCAUGAAUCCGACGGAUUCAAUAAAAAUUCUCUUGGCCGCCAGCGGCGGAGACACCGUCAAGCUCUUUGACGUCUCGGUGGAGCCUCGAGAUCCCUGCAUUCUCAGCUAUGCUCCUUCUUCAGGCUUCCAGGUCAACUCUAUCAAGUGGAACCACACCAAUUUGGUGGUGGCCAGUGCUGGAGAUGAUAAGAAAAUUUCUCUGUAUAGAAAAAAUGGGCAGAACUUGGGGACUAUUCCACUGGCAGGUACCGAUAGUGGCGACAAUAUUGAGGAGAGCAUAUCCGCCAUAAAUUUUAGCAAUAAAGCUUCUAGAUAUAUUUGUUCUGGAGGCAGUGGUCAAGUUGUUAGAAUAUGGGAUUUGCAGCGCAAACGUUGCAUCAAAUGGUUGAAAGGUCAUUCUGAUACCAUAACUGGUGUAAUCUACAACUGUAAAGAUGAGCACUUAGCUUCUAUAAGUCUUAAUGGUGAUCUUAUGCUUCACAAUCUUGCUUCUGGUGCAAAGGCUGCUGAACUAAAGGAUCCAAAUGAACAGGUUCUGAGAGUGCUUGAUUAUUCUAGGAUAAGCAGGCACCUUUUGGUUACAGCUGGUGAUGAUGGGUCUAUCCACCUCUGGGAUACCACUGGUCGCAGUCCCAAGGUCUCCUGGUUAAAGCAACAUUCUGCACCUACUUCUGGUGUCAGUUUCUCACCAUCAAAUGAUAAGAUAAUUGCUACUGUUGGUUUGGAUAAGAAGUUGUAUGUAUUUGACUCGGGUUCUAGGAGACCUUCAUUUUGCAUUCCCUACGAGGCACCUUAUUCUUCCCUGUCAUUCACUGAUGAUGGAUUAACACUGGCAGCUGGAACAAGCAAUGGCAGGGUAGUCUUUUAUGACGUUCGUGGAAAACCACAACCUUUGACAGUUCUUCGUGCUUAUGGCAAUUCAGAGCAGGCUGUCACAAGUCUAUGUUGGCAAAGAUCAAAACCUGUAAUUGUAAAUGAAAGCAACUGCACUACUGAAUCUGCACUUCUGGGGGGUGCUGUUGAGGACUCAAUUCUUAUGCCCGAUCCACUUCCUUCUGCAUCUACAGGAACUUCAGUCUCAACCACAGCUUCAGUGCCUCGAAAUUCUGGUCGUUUGGGUACUUUAACAGACUCAUUUUCCUUUCUGUCGGGCAGUGGUGCAUCUACAUCAAGUACACCUGAUAUAUCCACAGCAGACGAAACACCGCUCAGAAGCAGCUUAUGGACAGGGGGAAAUUUGGCAAGAUUACAUGCACCUCGUAGUUAUAAUAUCAAGGAUGAUAUGGAGGUCUUUUCUCCGCUUGUGGAAGUACAGCCUAUUACUCCUUCACUUGAUAAAUUCUGGGACGAAAAUGAGGGUAUGAAAAAGGAUCGUGAUAAGAAACCAUCUUUGGUCUUUCCAUCUUCGAAGAGAUUCCCUUUUUGUGAGGAUGGAGGUAGUGAUAUGCAUCCAAUAUCUGACUGGAAAUCUUCUUCAAUUUCCAAGCAGGAUGAUGCCUAUUCCACCUUCGCUCAGUUUGCGUCUACCCCUACUGCAUCUUCCAGGAGUACUGAUGCUUCAUCAAUUACUCCUCCAGAAGCUUGGGGUGGUGAGAAGAUUUCAGAUAAACUCAGUCAACUCCGUCAAUCAGUUAAUAUGCCUUCACGUUUUGCAACACUGAAUUCUAGCAAUGUGACAUCAGGAUCAAUGUUUUCUGGAUUACAAGAUGUUACUUUAACCACAAGCCAGACUAUGGGCUCUUUAAUAAGCUCGAGUCUAGGCUUGGCAAACUUGCGUGUUAGAGAAACCUCCACUCAAGAGGCUUCAUUUGGAUCUUCUGAACAUGUUUCCUAUACUUCAUCGUCUCUUACUCAAGCUAUGAGAAGCAGUAUAAGUCAGGCUAGCCUUGAUUCUCUUGGUCCUUCAUUGUCCCUUCCACGAAGGUUUUCUAGUUAUGCCGAAAGGAUAAGCACUGCUCCAUCAUUUACAGAUGGAACAUCUCUUUCAGUGGGUUCUCCAAAAACCAAGAAAACAGGAGCUGAAACAAGGGAAGAGCUUGUGAAUAGCUGGUUGGCGAGGUCUGACAAAUUAUCGACGUCAGAAGCUGGGGUUCUUCCGGCCAUGAAUGGUGGGGUUUUGCAAUCAUUGAGGCCGACAGUGCAGCCGGACUCACAGCAGGGAAGUUCAUUUACGCUGCAGCUGUUUCAACGUACCCUUGAAGAGACUCUUUCUUCGUUUCAGAAAUCCAUUCAUGAAGAUAUGAGGAAUCUUCAUAUAGAAAUUUUAAGACAAUUUCAUAUGCAGGAGGUGGAAACAUCAAGUGUGAUGAGGUUGAUCCUGGAAAACCAGGCAGAGCUUAUGAAAGAAGUUCAAUCACUUAGGAAGGAAACACAGCAACUUCGGCAAUUAUUAUGAUCACCAGAAAACUUCUUUUUGGUCAUUUCUGGUGAAAAUAUCUUGACUCGCUGCCGUUGUAAGUGACUUUAUUCGGUUUUCACAUGUGGCAAUGUUGUCUUAAUAGUAGGAAUAGGAUUUUUACGUAGACGGUCAGGUAUUAUUGUGGGUUUUUUCGUUGGGCCAAGGCCUUGUGAAUUGUAAUGGGGUUACGGGUUGUACGGUGGGAUUUGUUGGGGAAAAGAUUUACUUGGGAAGAGCUCCCAAGAGUAAAUGGCAAUUUACUCGCUUUCGACGUGUA